UGGGAGUUCAUCUAUUAUUUUGGUUUCAAAUCGAGUAAUGUAAAAUAAGACAAUUUAUAGUCACAUCUAAAAAGAAUUGUUUUUAAUUUUAAAAACAAAGUGUGCUGGAUCAUUUAGCUUUAUUAAUUUGGUCACACUGCUCAAGCGUCACUUUGUUUAUAAUUUCUUUGUUCCCGCAAUUUUUCAAAGCUUUACUUGCACAAUGAGUUUUUUAAGCAAUAGCGGCACGGUUCAUGUAGAAGUUCGCGUGAAAAACGAAUUUCGCCUUAGUGAAAUUCGCAACGGUCUAGAGCGCGCUUUGUUGGCUUAUUUUCAGUCGACCAGCAGUUUACCCAGAAAUUUGGCAUUCCAGCCGGACAUCAUUCAAGUUCAGCGUCAAUACUUGGAGAGUGUGCUCCUGGAGCGCGACAACGGCGACGGCAAGGCAUGGCAGAACACCGAGAUCAAGUACCGCUUCCAUUUCUAUAUGACCCAGCGGGUAGAGGCAACUGGUGGACUCUUCCCAGCAGGAGGUAGUGGAGACUCGGAUGACAUCGAUAGCGUCGUUUCGGCCAAUCAUGUCCUCCUGCCGGCCGUUCAGUUUGUGGGCCUGUGGGAGAACCUCAUUUACGAGACCGGACUGAAGGAGAAGCUCCUGAAGUUUGCUCUGUCGGCACUCACUUUCUCGCAGCACCGGGUGGACAUGAAUGUGAUCGCCUGCAACCGGCUGUUGCUGCUUCAUGGACCACCGGGAACGGGAAAGACGAGCCUCUGCAAGGCCUUGGCCCAGAAGUUGGCCAUACGCACCCAAGGAAGCUAUGCGUACACCCACCUGGUGGAGAUCAACAGCCACAGCCUGUUCUCCAAGUGGUUCUCGGAGAGUGGCAAACUGGUGGCGCGCCUGUUCUCGAAGAUCUCGGAACUGGUGGCGGAUCGUAACAAUCUGGUCUGUGUGCUGAUUGACGAGGUGGAGUCGCUGGCCUACGCCAGGAGUGCCAUGUCUAGUAACGAGCCCAGAGAUGCCAUGCGGGUGGUGAACGCGGUGCUGACUCAGCUGGAUGACAUUAAGGCCUGUCCCAACGUACUCAUCCUGGCCACAUCCAAUCUGGCUCAAAGCAUUGACCUGGCCUUCCUGGAUCGUGCCGACGUGCGUCUGUUUAUCGGGUACCCCGGUAUGCCCGCUAUUCGAGCCAUAUACAAGGGCAUGUUGGCUGAGCUAAUGACGGCGGGAGUUCUGCAGCGCGAGGCUCUGGAGGCGGAGGACGCCGAGGAGGGACUUCUGACCCAAUUGGCUGAGCGGAGCAUUGGACUAAGUGGCCGAACGCUGCGUAAGCUGCCUCUUUUGGCCCAUGCCCAGUACACCAGCAGCGAUCUCUUCGAACUGGACCAGAAGAUCAGCCUGUCGGACUUUCUGGACGCCAUGCUGGAGGCUUUAGAGCAGCAUUUGGCCGAACAACGCCUCUUGAAAAUCGAGUCCUUGGAGGAGCUCUAAAGCAACAGCAAAGCUCACACGAAAAAAUGCAUUUACUGCACCUAUUUUAAGUCCAUCAAAUGCGAUACUUUGUAAACUUCAAUUUGCUGCUAUGAAAAACAAUCCGGAGCAGAGGCACGGGUCCAAUCCCUAUUCUGUUUGCUGCCUCGUUUCAUUUGCACACGACACAGAGAUUUUCCUCAUUUCUUUAUCCGGCUUUUGAUGUGAAAAUCAAGCGUGAAAUCUUGUUAUUUGCUUGCAAGCCCCCACAUCCACAUCCACUGCCCUUUCCAACAUCCACAUCGAUAUGCACGGACAUCGGACCCUACGCAAUCUCAGCACUUUUGCCUUGCCUGUCCUGUCCUUCACAUUCGAGUGUAGGAGCACUCUCAAGUCCGGCACACAUCGAAGCUAUUGGAUGCUGGUGGCACUUCUGCAGGAAGAAGGGCAAGGACUACGAUUCCAGCUAUGUAUAAAUGGGCUUUGAAUGCGGCAUUCAGUGGGUAUUGCCUGGUACCAUUUUCUCUCCGUCUGCUGGUUUUGUCUGUGCCAACAAUUGAAUACAAGUACAAAGAGGUAAAUAAACAUCCAAAAUCAUCGCCAUUCUAUGCUGCAGGAUAUCACCAGUCUAACAUAACAGAGGAUUUCAAAUUGAAG